UUAUCUAGAGAUAGCCUGGCCCCGAGGUUAACUCCCUGUUGUCCGCGUUCGAUCCUGAUAUAUUAAAUAAUUCACUAAUUUACUUCAAAUCCACGAAGUAGCGGUUCCCCUGAUUUUCCCCGCAGCCAAGUGUGUUCGGAAAGCUUAACGUUCCAGGAUUGGGAGGAAUAGGGAGAAAAGCGCGCACCGAGAUACCUGUGAAACUACGGUUGUAAAUGAGGAUCUGAUUGCCACGGACAACAUCGAACACGUCUGAGACAUUGCCUGGCUAAAAUAACAACUCAUAUCGAGGCUUAAAGCAAGUCGUUUCUGUACGAAGGAUCAUCAUGAAGAAAUCAGGAUAUUCAGGUAUUGCCAGGUCCACCAGUGGGAGACUGAGGAGGACAGACAGAGAAGGUUCUUCUGCCAUCACCAGUCCCACACUAAAGAGGUCGUUUGAGGUGGAGGAGUCUGACGUCUCCAUCAACCCCUCCCCUCUGUCCCGUAGGACCAACCUCCGCUCCUCCACCUCCAGCCAGCGAAGCUUCCACGACCUGGGCUCCUCCCGCAACUCGGACUACCCCUCCAGAACCUCGCCUUCUGACUCCAACCCCUGCUCCCCCAAAACCAGCCUGAGACGCAUGGAGCUGUCCGGGGGAGUGGUAGGAGGUCGUGCCCUGGAUACAGCCUCCACCCGCCGGACCGAGAUCUCCAUUGAGGUGUCAUCCAAGCAGAUUGACAGCUCGCCCAGCCCGGGUAUCGCCCGUUUCGGCCUGAAGAGGCCCGAGGCCCAGAGCCUUGGUUCUCGAGCCGGAGCCGUCCCAGAGAGCUCCACCAGCUCCAGCUCCAGCUCGGCACACAGACGGGCAGAGAUCUCCCUCUCUCGGCCCCACGAGCCCCCCGGGGCACCCAGGAGGGGGGACUCCCAGCCUCCCUCAGCCACCCGGAUCCCUGACCCCCCUCAGAGGAGAACCGACCCCACCAUGGUCAGUCCUGUGGAGGGCCUUACUUCCAGGAGACCCGAGAUGCCUGUCUUCCGACAGCCAGAGAUGGCAGCACCACCUCCGGUCAGGGUGGUGGAGAACAACAGCCACCCCCCAGCGCCCAGUGGCCCCCUGCCCAGCCUGGUGGAGCCCAGGAGCGAGAGAACACAGCCCCCGGUCAGCGAGACGCCCGUCGUCAGACCUAUAGAGAGGUCAGAGGUCACUACCAGCUACAACAGUAGAGCCAUGUCUGAGGUGGCCGUGCCCGAGAUGAUGAUGCCACCCCCGGCGGUGCCCGCAGCGUGCCAGGUGGAGAAGCCUGUGCCAGGUCCUGGCAUGGGGGACUUCAGCUAUGUGGGCAUCGAUGCCAUCCUAGAACAGAUGCGGAGGAAGGCCAUGAAACAGGGCUUCGAGCUCAACAUCAUGGUAGUGGGGCAGAGCGGCCUAGGGAAGUCCACUCUGAUGAACACUCUGUUCAAGUCCAAGGUGAGCCGUAAGUCAGUGCAGGCCACGUCCCAGGAGAAGAUCCCCAAGACCAUCCAUAUCAAGUCUGUCAGCCACGACAUUGAGGAGAAGGGGGUGAGGAUGAAACUAACUGUUAUCGACACGCCCGGCUUCGGGGAUCAGAUCAACAACGAGAACUGUUGGCAGCCCAUCAUGAAGUUCAUUAAUGCCCAGUAUGAGCAGUACCUUCAGGAGGAGAUCAACAUCAACAGGAAGAAGAGGAUUCCAGACUCACGGGUUCACUGCUGUAUUUACUUCAUACCCCCUACUGGACACUGUCUGCGACCUCUGGAUGUGGAGUUUAUGAGGCGUCUCAGUAAGGUGGUCAAUAUUGUUCCUGUCAUCGCCAAGGCAGACACACUCACCCUGGAGGAGAGGGACUUCUUUAAACAGAAGAUCAGGGAAGAGCUACGGGCCAAUGGGAUCGACGUGUACCCCCAGAAGGAGUUUGACGAGGACGCAGAGGACCGGAUGAUUAAUGACAAGAUCAGGGAGAUGAUCCCGUUUGCUGUGGUGGGCAGCGACCAGGAGUACCAGGUCAACGGCAGGAGGCUUCUGGGAAGAAAGACAAAGUGGGGAACCAUAGAAGUUGAGAACAUUGCUCAUUGUGAGUUUGCCUAUUUGCGGGAUCUACUGAUUAGGACCCACAUGGAGAACAUCAAGGACAUCACCAGCAGCAUCCACUAUGAGGUGUACCGCGUCCGCCGCCUCAACGAAAACAACACUGCCGUCGCCCAUGCCAACGGCCUCCCCCAACACCACAUGACCUCCCAUGAGAUGUAGAGCCCUGCCCACCGUGUCCCAUGAGCCCUCACUUCCAUCCCGUUAUCCUUCCAUCCCUCUCUCCCCUCCACUCACUCUCAAUGCCAAACCCUUCUACAGAAGGGAGAAAACACACACUGGGGGGACUGAGGAGCGUAGUCUUAGCGCCCCCAAGUGGCCAAAUACAGACAUAUAGAAUGGACUGUUGAUGCCAAUGCAUUGCCCCUCUGAUAACCUGGUCUCUCUGACUAACGUCUACAUGAAGGGGGGGGGGGGUAAAUGCUAGCUAUCACUUGCAUUCAUUCAGGUUUAACCAGGCUAAGUAAACACUAUUAAUGUACUGCAACCUUAAUCUGUGUGUUUUCAGUUAUUCUGUCGUUCUUUAGGUCCCUCGUCUGUCGGGUUGGUUAACAAAAUAGCACUGUGAUAUCAGGCCCAUUACAUACAAGCAGUGACAGAAGUGCCCUCAAACUUUUGUUCGGGUAAAAUAUUGAUUUCUCAUCCAUUUUUUAUAUAGCCCCUGUAAAACAUCCUUCGUUCAUUGUUCAUUUGACCUGCUAUCUGAAGGUUCUACAACGUUCAUUUCUGUUCCCUUUGAGAGGGAGUAGUUUAGCCUUGAGGGACUGUAUUCUGAGUAGGAGUGCUGAUUUGGGAUCAGUUUUGCCUUUUAGAUAAAAGAUGACAUGGACAGAGAGACCUGAGCCUAGAUCAGCACUCCUACUCUGAGACGCUUUCUACACUCAGAACUGUGGUACAGGAUCCAUGGCGACAGCAGCAGAGGCACAGGACAGAUACUCAGCUAAGUAUUUAGAAGUAUGACACAUAUAAAUCAAAUCUAUUCAUUCUAUGGCAGUUGAUUAAUUUGUCAGAGUUCUGUUUGAUGAUGUCCGAGAGGGGUCAGUUGAAGAUGGUGAAUGGGGAGUGUUUAAUUGUGAUGGAAGUUGAUAAUGCUGUUGGAAUGGUCAGGGUUACAUAAUGUCGGGGGUGGACUGGAGGUUUUGAGUCUAGUGGACAUCGUCGACACGUCUGUAGGGCCAGAAGUUUUUCCCCAUAACUUGAACUGACCAGAAAAAACCUUGAUCCCUUGUAAAAGCCUGUAACUAGGACGUUCUCAGAGUCGUAGUUAUAGACUGUAACUAGGGUCUUCUCUGAGUCGUAGUUAUAGACUGUAACUAGGGUCUUCUCUGAGUCGUAGUUAUAAACUAACUAGGGUCUUCUCUGAGUCGUCGUUAUAGACUGUAACUAUGGUCUUCUCUGAGUCGUAGUUAUAAACUAACUAGGGUCUUCUCUGAGUCGUCGUUAUAGACUGUAACUAGGGUCUUCUCUGAAUUGUAUUUAUAGGCUGUAACUAGGGUCUUCUCUGAUUCGUAUUUCUAGGCUGUAACUAGGACCAUGAGUUUUUCCUGGUAAAGUCACAUGGUCAGGAAACUCCUGGUCCUACACGUGUAUGAUGCAGAGUGAGGGGAACACUCUCCUGUUGUUUCUGUUAUCAUUGAGGAGCCAGUGCUUUAAGCCUUGGGCUGAUGACAUUACAGCGAUACAUAUCCGUCAUCCUAUUGUGGUAAUUGUUAUUUUUACAUGGCUGCGUCGUCGUACAGGUCGUACAGGUCGUACAGGUAUUACUGUCAGAAAAUAGAUUUCAAAAUGCCCUCAGUGCCUUUUUAAUUCCAAAUAAGAGAUGUCAUUUUGGGGUGUUUUUUUAUAUACAGAUGUUUAAAGAGUGAUUUAAAAUAAAUAGUAUUUAUGCACAUUAGAAUGAUAAAAAGUGUACCACCCACCCACUCAUCCACACAUGGUAGUUGUCCUGAGCCGAGAACACUUAAUCAGUUUCUCCUGCCCAAGUCAAGUGUUAAGGAAAAACUCCUGGUCCUAGCUAUGUGCCGUGUCUCUGUGCCUUGGACAACACUAUUGCCUUCUUAUUUAUUGGAGACUGUCCGCUAGCACGUGCUUUUAAACUGGAAGGACAACAGUCACAAUUAAGGCCCUGAGUUUUUCCAGACCAUGUGACCUGACCAGGAUCAUUCUCCAUAGCCUAUAACCAGGGACCUGAGUUUUUCCUGGUCAGGCCAAAUGGUCUGGACAACUCUUGGUCCUAUUACUGAUGUGCUAGCUGGUGCCAAUCACCACAGCAGAAGACACUUCGUUGUUAUCAAGUCUCUUUAUAUCAGACUGUGCACCCUGAAACUAAAGUCCUCCUUAUACUCUUAGUUCUCUCUCUUUCUCCCACUUUCUUUUCUCUUGUUCUCUUCUUCCGUUUCUUAGAUAUCAACCAGUAACAGUAAUAUGUGGUGUUUAAAGGUUUUAUGUGUUUCAGUUUCAAACUAUAAUCCUCAACUUCCAAACAUCAUCGUCGUCAUGCUCUGUCCUGUAUAUUCAUUGUCAGAUACAUUUUUGUACUGGUAUUAAUAAUAACAGAAUUUAACUUUUGAUAUCGUGUUAUUUUCAAGAAAUAAAGAUGAAAGUUGUAUAUAGUCA